AUGUCUGUUUUCCCCAAAAUCUCUUUCCAACGUGAAGUUGAAGAGUAUCUCACCAAAGUGUUCAGAAAUAAUGAGCUUAUCACUGCUUUAGGUACACAGGAGGCGGAGAGUAAAUAUGAAUGUCUGUUAAGUCAUCUGUCUCAUCCACCAGGUUUCACAACUGUUAGAGUGAAUACCCACUUGGCCUCAGUGAAACACGUGAAAAAAUUACUGUUUGAAGAGAUCCAGAAGCAAUUUAAAGGACUAUGUGUUCCAGUUCUUGAGCACCCGAAACUCCAGGACAUCUUAUUAAUUCCUGUCAUUGGACCCAGGCGAGAUUUAAAAAAACAUGCACCUGAAGUCAUUGUUGGAGCCCAGUGUGGAUAUGCAGUACUUCGAGGAGCACAUGUUUAUGUUCCUGGAAUCAUAUCUACCUCAAGAUUUAUGAAAGCCGGAGAUCUGGUCUCAGUGUAUUCAGAUAUUGAAGGCAAAUGUAAAAGAGGAGCCAAAGAAUUUGAAGGAGUCAAAGUUUUCCUUGGAAAUGGGAUUUCAGAACUGAGUCGCAGUGAAAUCUUUAGUUCAAGUGGCCCAUUGAAUGGGAUGGGCAUAAGAAUGAUAGAGCCAGUCUACCUUAGUCCUUCGUUUGACAAUGUGCUCCCUAGUCAUUUGUUUUUACAGAACUUGCCUUCUGUCGUUGUAAGCCAUAUUUUAAACCCUCAACCAGGAGAGAGAAUUUUGGAUAUGUGUGCUGCACCUGGAGGAAAAACAACCCAUCUUGCAACAUUAAUGCAUGACCAGGGUGAAGUAAUAGCCAUGGACAAGAUAGCUAACAAGGUCAAAAAAAUUAAGCAGAAUGCUGAAUUGCUACAGUUGAAUUGCAUUAAGGCCUUUUGCUAUGAUGGAACUAAGGCACUUGCAGUUGAGAAGAGAGAGGAUGAACAAGAAGGACCUCCAUUCUUACCAGAGUCAUUUGAUCGAAUUCUUCUUGAUGCUCCAUGUAGUGGGAUGGGACAGAGACCAAACAUGGUUUAUUCCUCGACUUUAAAGGAAGUGACCUCUUAUCAGCCACUACAGCGCAAGCUUUUCACUGUGGCAAUGAAAUUGCUGAAGCCAGGAGGUGUUUUAGUAUAUAGUACAUGUACAAUUACACUCUCUGAAAAUGAGGAGCAAGUUGCUUGGGCUCUGAAAACUUUUCCAUGCCUCCAGCUUCAGCCACAGGAACCUCACAUUGGAGGAGAAGGCAUGAGGGGAGCUGGACUGUCACUUGAUCAGUUGAAGCUGCUGCAGAGAUUUGAUCCAUCUGCUGUGACGUUGCAAGGAAUGGAUAUUAAUUCUUUGCAAGAUUCCAGGGAAGACGAUCUGAUUUCACUGGCAAAUAAGGACUGUAUAGGAUUUUUUAUUGCAAAAUUUAUUAAAACGAACAGUAAAUAAGCAUUUAGGAACGCAACCUGAAAAAAUACCUCUGUGAAUCUAAGAACAGUUCAGACGUGAAGUGUGUUUCUUACUGCUGCAAUGUUGCCAAGCCAACGGGCUGACGGCAGGGUUGCUAUGGCAGCAAUAAAAUCUGCCAGAUGUUCUGCUGGGAAAGAGCCACAGGUUGGAGAAAGAAAGUCAUGGCGGGGGGAAGGGUUGUAUCAUUUUUAAGUCUCCAUUUGCUUUUGUAAUUACAGCAGGUCAGCGCAUGAAUGACAAGUAUGUUCACUCAUACUGCUGUCUGCUCUAUCUUUCCCCGUGUGAGUCGCUUACCUAGUGCAGCAAGCCUAGGAGCAGGGUUUCUCUGGCAGGGGAAGUAAGCUGCUUUAUGAAAUGCAAACAUAAAUAACAUAGAUGGGAA